UGGUGGACAAGAGACAAAAUUAAUGAAAAAUCAACAGAAUUGACGUAAUUUUCGUUCCAAAACCCAUGUCGUAUUCUGAAUUCGUUGCUAAAGUGUAGAUAUAACCCAGGCCCAUCAAAUGACGAAUCUAAUCAGCCCUCUCUGAGCUUAUUUGAGCUUGUAUUGAUUAAAAUCUAAAGGAUUAUUCAUUAUGACAAGGAAUGUGGGAUAGUGGGAUGAUGAGCCAUGGCAUCUGACCUGGAUCCGUAUGCCUACGAGGCAUCCGAUGAAGCCUCAGAGACGGAGCUGCUGGAUAAGAGUUUAUCCGUGUGGAAGGGCUGGAGCUCCCUUGAGUCUGAUGAAGACUUUAGACCUAUCCCACUUGACCUUCACACAGCAGCUAGUAUUGGGAGUUUUGAUUGCGUCAGAGCAAUCAUUGAUAAGAAUGAGGAAGAUCUGAAUGAGAAGAAUUGGGGAGGGUGGACGCCACUGAUGUACGCUGCCUAUAUCGGCCAUGACAACGUGGUCAACUUACUCUUGGAGGCGAAUGUGAGCGUCAACAUUCGCAACAAGAAGGGACAAACUGCUUUACAUUUGGCGGCGAGCUGUGGGAAUGAGAGUGUGGCAUAUUUCCUGCUGCAGAACGGUGCAGAACUCGAAGCGAGGGACAGCAAAGGAUGGACAGCACUCUUCCACGCCACUUACUCCGGCCAUCAACAACUUGUCAAAUUCCUCCUGGACAAUAACACCAAUAUGGAAGCGACUGAGCCAUAUCAUGGUUUGACCCCAUUCAUGGAGGCCGCAGCAGAGGGACAUGAAAUUAUUGUGCACACUUUUCUACAACAUGGGGUUAAUGUGCAUGCUAAGGCCCUCAAUGGAGACACUGCACAGACGCUAGCAUUACAGUACGGUCACAUGAAGCUAGUCAGCAUGAUAGAUAAUCACAUGAACCCUCACCCCCAUCGCACUGAUGGUAUACGCGGUGACCUGAGCUCCUCAGAUGAGGCCUACCAGCGGCCAAGGCACAAAGGCUCAAGGUCAAGAAUGAAAGGUCCAAACAUCCAAGACGGUCCAGCUGCAUUUGCUAAACUGAUGAACAAAAGUAAAACGCCUCCUAGUGAUACAAAUCUGCCGGAUGAAAACGCAUCAGUUCCAUCUGGCUACGUUACAUUCCACAAUGAUGGAACGGAAGUGGUGGCCAACCAGCCGAUCUGUUCACGGGACAUGACGUCUCCGAUCAACGCAGAGGAUCAUCGCCUUGAUAGCUCGGGUGGUGCUGGAAGUAAAGAUUCCGUACGUGAUGUCGAUGAUGACAUUGAUGAUGCAUUUUCAAAAACAGGUGCUCUGACGAUAAAGAGUAGUUCUAGUUCCAGUGGUGGCCUAGUGGCGGCUCUGGGCAUACAUAAGGAGGAGAGCCCAGAGAGUAACGACAGCAGUGCACCAGAACUACCAGAAAAAAACACGCUGGAUCCGAUACCAGCUGAGGAACGAAAACCUAAGGCUCCGAUGGUGCGUUCACCGAAUCGCCACGAUCGGGCAUUGCGACAUCAACGCUCACGAGAAUGGCGACGUAAAGACACUCGUCCUAACAAUCACGAGGUCGGCUCUGGAGAUCGUAGCAACCAGGAAGUGAAUCAUUCUAGUCUUCAAACAUUACCCUCACAGCAACCACCUCAUCAGACAUCAGCGAGCUCGUAUCCCCAACGUGAUCGAGUGACACCCUCUGUUCCACCCGGGUUGAGCCCACUUUCAAACAAUCACAACUUGGACGACUUACCAACGUUGGAUGACUUGUUGACACAGUUAGGCCUCACCAAGUACAUUCCAUUGUUCCAGGAGCAGGAUGUGGAUUUACAAGUGUUCAUGUCAUUGACUGAUAAUGAUUUGAAGGAGGUCGGUGUCAAGUUAUUUGGGCCAAGACGUAAAAUGACCAAUGCCAUUGCCCGUUGGCAUAGCAACGCUGCCCCUGCGUCUAACAGUCUCGAGCAGGCGUACGCAGACAAACUGGAGGCUGAGAUGCAGGAGAUGGCGCUGAACCUUCACCAGGCCUAUGAUCAAGCGGAGAAGUGCAAAGCGCAGGUGCUCCAGGAACAAGAGUUACGCUCGGUGACGGAGGGAUGUCUGAUGGAGGAUCGGAAAACAUGGCAGCAGGUGCAUCGGAUUGCCAUGGAUACACGACAACACUGCGGGGAACUGGCUAACUUGGUGCAAAGGUUAAGUUUAUUACAAAAUGAGCUGACCCGACGUCUGCUACUAUCAGGUGACGUCAGCCAACCAAUGGAAAACCCCUACGCCAUGAACCCAAACACGCUGGCCGCGGCGCUACAGGACAGUGUCCAUCUUGAUCAAGACACGAACAAUGAAAUUCAGAACAUUGCAACCGAACAUUUAGUAAAUCAGUUGGAGUAUUUCACGGGGGAAUUGAAACGUGCUGUGACAAUGACAGCUGUGAACACUGAUAAACUGUUGGGUCGCGAGAUGUCUUGCCAUGAUGAAUUCGAGGCACUCUCUUAGCAGGACAAAGACUUUUGUCUCAUGAUAGCAUUUUCAAUUUGGUGUAAUAUUCUCUGCUAUGGGAACCUCUAUGCUGUAGAUGUAUGUCUCUAUGGAGCAGUGUAUAGAUUGUACAUGUAUCUUCUCCAGUCUAACCAAUACUCUGAUUGUUGAGAUGUCAGCUGAAAACAAUACAUGUAUAGCAUAUAGGUGACAUAAUCUGCUCUUUGUCUUUCUGAUGUAACCUCUUGCUAUGAAAACCAUGUCUCAGUGAUAAUACAAUGUCCAUAGCUAAUGUACUUAAUGCUUACAUUCUAAGUUACUGCAAUACAAAUAUAUUUAUUUUUAA